GGCGGAGGAGGAGGAGGAGGAGGAGGAGGAAGAGGAGGAAGAGGAGGAGGAGGCAGCAGCAGCGGGGAGGGGGGAGCUCCCUGCUCCCUGCGCCCCUCCCGGGCCAGCCCUGCCGGCUGCCGGCGGCGGCGGGGAGCUGGGGGGGAGCCGGCGGCGGCGGCUCCGUGCGGCCGCUUCGGCGGGGAUGCUGAAGGGGUGCCGGGGGCCGGCGGAGAAAGGACGGAGCCGCCCGGGCGGCGCCGCGGGCUCCGCUUGAUGCUGCGGGCCUGCCGCCGCCAUCCCGCUGCUCCCCGGCCGCCCCUCGCCAUGGUGGCGAGCAGCCCGGCCGCCGCCCGGCCGCGACCCCCGCCGCGAGGGGGACCCCCGGGGAGAGGGAGAGGGGGACCCCCCCUGGCGCUGUGCUACACCUCGGCCCUGCUGCUGCUCGCCCUCUCGGCGCUGCCCGCCGGCCGCGCAUCCCACCCCCUGCCCGCCGCCGAGUGCCAGGGCGGCGGCAAGGGGAAAGGCAUCAACUGCUCAGAGUUAAAUGUAAGAGAAUCUGAUGUAAGAGUGUGUGAUGAAUCGUCAUGUAAAUACGGGGGAGUGUGUAAGGAAGAGGGCGAUGGCCUGAAAUGUGCCUGUCAGUUCCAGUGUCACACAAACUAUAUUCCUGUUUGUGGAUCAAAUGGAGACACUUACCAAAACGAAUGCUUCCUCAGGAGAGCUGCUUGUAAGCAUCAGAAAGAGAUAACAGUGGUAUCAAGAGGCCCUUGUUAUUCUGAUAAUGGCUCUGGGUCAGGAGAAGGAGAGUAUGAAGGAUCUGGAACAGAAGUUCAGAGAAAACACUCAAAAUGUGGAGUUUGCAAAUAUAGGGCUGAGUGUGAUGAAGAUGCAGAAAAUGUUGGGUGUGUAUGCAAUAUAGACUGCAGUGGAUACAGUUUUAAUCCUGUCUGUGCUUCUGAUGGAAGUUCAUAUAACAAUCCAUGCUUUGUUAGAGAAGCAUCCUGUCUGAGGCAAGAACAGAUCGACAUCAGGCAUCUUGGACACUGCUCAGCAGACGACACAAACGCAGUUGGAAAGAAAGACGACGGCAUGCAGUAUCGGCCAGAGGUGAAAGAUGCCAGUGAUCAAAGAGAAGACAUUUAUGUUGGAAACCACAUACCUUGUUCAGAAAGCUUCAAUGGCUACUGUAUACACGGAAAAUGUGAAUUCAUUUAUUCCACUCAGAAGGCUUCCUGCCGGUGUGAAUCAGGAUAUACUGGACAGCACUGUGAAAAGACAGACUUUAGUAUUCUUUAUGUUGUCCCAAGUAGACAAAAGCUUACGCAUGUCCUUAUUGCAGCAAUAAUUGGAGCUGUACAGAUUGCCAUUAUAGUUGCAAUUGUCAUGUGCAUAACAAGAAAAUGCCCCAAAAACAAUAGAGGACGUCGGCAGAAGCAAAACCUAGGCCAUUUUACUUCAGAUACAUCAUCCAGAAUGGUUUAACUUAGUGAUUUUUAUACCUACAUUGACCAUGUGAUGUACAUUUUUAUUAUAUCUUUUUUUAAAGAAUGGAAAUAUUUAUUUCAGAGGCCUUAUUUUUGAACAUUUUUAGUGUAACAAUGUUGGUCUGUAUUCUGAAAGCAUCAGCUCUAACAGCUAUGGACUGUUUUAGUAACUUUACUUUUCUGUUUUUGAAUACGGUAGGUCAUUUUCUGUAUCUGUAUCACAUGGUUAUAUAAUAGACGUGCUUUAUUCAUGGAAUGUAAUAUUUUUGGGAACACAAAUUUAUUCCACCAGUGGUUGUAGAUUUAAAAAAAAAAAAAAAGUCCACAUUACCUAGCAAACAAGGCAUGAACUAAAGGUAAAAAUGUUUACAGCUUACUUUUCUUAUGAGAAACUAGAAAACACUGUGUUUAAAUACCGUAGAUAUUUAAAUGUUUUUGGAAGUUAGUAACUGAUUUUUUAGACACUGCCUAUCGCAUGAACUGUGAAGCUGUGUGCUGUGUGUAGUUGUAACAUAUUUAUAAAACGUGGGCUGGGUCUAAGCACUGCCAUCUUCAUUAACAAUGCCAACGAUUUAUUUUUAAAGGGCAAAAUUAUAAAUUUGUUAGUUUGGGAAAUUACCUGGUAGAGCAGAUGGCACAGGUCCAAAAGGAGUAGGUCUUAGUAGAUUUAGGUGUUUUAAAAAUUGGUGUCAAAUAAUUGAACACAUAAUUGGAAUAAAGCCUAAUUUGUCACUGUUGAAGCUGUUUUAAUACUUCUUAAACUUUUUUAAAGAAAAUACAUGUUUUAACACCUACAAUGCAGAUUGUAUAGUGUUUGUGAUUAAAAUAAAAAUUAAAAAAAAAA